GAAUCAACACACAACAAACUGACAGUGCAGACGAGGGACGGACGCAGCGAGGCGAGCGAUGGACAUUUAACUAAUUAAACUGGAUAUUUCUGAGAUUUAAUAAGAGAAAUAUAAAGUGCGGAUAUUUUGGAGCGACCUGCAAGAUUUUUUCCGUACAUUCUGAGGUGAAUUUGUGGACAUAUUUGUUUGAAUAUUGUGAGCUCCACAGAUGCUAGCAGUAUUAGCCGGCUAAGCUAAUUAUGUUAACCUUAUAGACCGUAAACAGCCUGUGAACGAGCAAAUGUAGUCAACUGUCUUUAUUGUUAUAAAACUCACUAGUUAUUGCGUCAUCGGCUGGUCAGAGCAAAAGAAAGACGGACAGAAAGGAAGAGCGAAGCUAACGGACGCUAGCUGAAGGCUUGGACGCUAGCUUGGACGCUAGCUUGGACGCUAGCUUGGACGCUAGCUUGGACGCUAGCUUGGACGCUAGCUUGGACGCUAGCUUGGACGCUAGCUUGGACGCUAGCUUGGACGCUGCUGGUCCUGGAUGAAUUUAGUCGGUUUUAUGACACACCGUGUACAUCUUGGAUCUAGCGGAGGUUUGCUGGACUUUGUGGCUCUGAUGUGAGCAGGAUGGGCUCUCAGGGCAGCCCGGUGAAGAGCUACGACUACCUGCUGAAGUUCCUGCUGGUUGGAGACAGUGAUGUGGGGAAAGGUGAGAUCCUGGACAGCCUGCAGGACGGAUCUGUUGAGAGUCCAUACGCCUACAGCAGCGGAAUCGACUACAAGACCACAACAAUCCUGCUAGACGGACGGAGGGUGAAGCUCGAGCUGUGGGACACUUCAGGCCAAGGCCGCUUCUGUACCAUUUUCCGUUCCUACUCCAGAGGUGCACAGGGCAUCCUGUUGGUGUACGACAUCACUAACCGCUGGUCCUUUGAUGGGAUCGACCGCUGGAUCCGAGAGAUCGAUGAGCAUGCUCCCGGGGUUCCUCGGAUCCUGGUGGGGAACCGACUUCACUUGGCAUUCAAGCGUCAGGUUCCCACGGAGCAGGCUCGCUCCUAUGCUGAGAAAAACGCCAUGACCUUCUUCGAAGUAAGUCCACUCUGCAACUUCAACGUCAUCGAGUCGUUCACGGAGCUGUCGCGCAUCGUGCUCAUGAGACACGGCAUGGAGAAGUUCUGGAGGCCCAACCGAGUGUUCAGCUUGCAGGACCUGUGCUGUCGCGCCAUCGUCUCGUGCACACCAGUGCACCUGAUAGACAAGCUUCCGCUCCCCGUCGCCAUUAAGAGUCACUUGAAAUCCUUCUCCAUGGCCAACGGGAUGAACGCCGUCAUGAUGCACGGACGCUCCUACUCGCUGGCAAACAGCGGCGGCAGCAAAGGCAACAGCUUGAAACGCUCCAAAUCCAUCCGGCCGCCACAGAGCCCACCUCAGAACUGCACCCGCAACAACUGCAAAAUCUCCUAGCCUGGAAAAGUGGGUGGAAGGAUCCAACCCCUGCCCCUAAAUGCUCCCUCAGAACUCUCGGGAGGAUACAGAUCACAUCUGCUGCAGUCAUAAUACUUACUACAACAUGUACACCUACACACAGAGCUUUCUGAACACGUCCUGCAUCCGUCUGGUGGAGAAACUGCCCAAAGACCUUGAGAUGGUUAAGGGUCUUCAGUCAGACUGUUAAGCUUUAGUUUGUUAACAGCAUGUUUUUCAGUUCCUGAAAAGAGUUCGGACAAACUCACCAGAGAUUUCGCCACUUCUGGGGAAUGAACUCGGCCGUGCCACGCAUGCUACGCUACACCACGGUUUAGAAGUGCUAGCAUACCUGUGAAUUGCACUGUGAGGUGGCGGUUCGCUCGCAUGCACUAUGAAGAACACACAGUGUGUGACUGCAUUUCAUUUGAUUUACUUCUCCUACCCUCAGUCAUUUACAGAAACACCACACAUGAUGUUGAGCGUCUCCUCGGGGGACCGUCUGACUCCAUUCCACCUUCCUCCUUAAAAAAACAACCCUGCCCCUAAUCAGCCCUUUGUGCCAAACCAUUUACUGUCUCAUCUUGCGUAGCUCAAAUUUUUGGUUUAGUUUAAAUUAAUAAUUCAGUGCAUUUGAGUUAAACCUCCACAAUGUAUCUGACUGUAGUGUUUGUGUGAUUGACACAAGUUUCAACACGGUUCCCUGAAUUAAAUAACAAUUACAGUAGAAGUCUUUGAGUAGUUCUGAACUUACACUUACAAAUAGACACCUAGAUAAAUAAAACAGGUUUACUGGGGAUUAGUUUCCCCCCUCAGAGAAGGGAAUCAUGUUGAUUCUCGUCUUUAAGUCACACACUACAGGUGUGGGGGGAAAAAUGCUGGAGUAUUUCCUUAAAUGAACUGAAUCAAUUUGGCAAUUUAUCUUAAUGUCUUUCAGUUAAAACAGUUGGCGUUUUUGUAGCCGUGUUACUCUGAAAAUGUCAGUCUUCUUCACAAUGCAUGGUUUUCAAUCACUUUUCUGAAGAAUAUAAAUAUGGCGAUUCAACAAUUGAAUAAAAAAAAAACCUCAGAGCGAAGAACUUAUAAAUAUUAAGGCCAAGCUGUACAUCAAUAUAAUAUAUAAAAAAAAAGCAAUCAGAAAAGGACCUCCAUGAUGACUGCACUCCUAAUUAUUUGGAUGAAUUAUUUAUGAAUCUGGUGAAAGGGGCAGCGAUUUCUUUUUAAUCCUGAUGAAUAAUGAAUUCCCUAUUUUGCAAAUCUGCAGAUCUUCAAGUCACCCUUGAAAACACUGCAUAGAGUCUUCAGGUUCUCUCUCUAUAGCUAUCUCAGGGAUUUUGCUCAAAACCUCCGCAAUCGAUAAAUGUGCCACGUCAUAAAUAAGAAUAAGGCUUUACAGUUUACGUGCGGAGAGAAACAAAGUGAAGCAGGAGGCCUUCACGUGAUCCGUCCGCUUUAGCUAAGAAGUGAUAGAAUCUGGGGAGAAUGUAUGUUUAGAGAGGUGAUUGUUCCCCUGUUAUUGUUCAGUACAGUUUAAAUCAAUCUACAGUCACUUUUCAGCUGUAACGUUCAUUCUGAAGGGCUGUGACAUAGUUAGAAAAAGUCCUUGGGUUUUGUAACGUGAGUCUUUGUUUUAUUUGGUUUUGUGACGCACCUAGUUUAAUCUUUGUCUUUCCUGAACCUCUUUAAAAUGUUUUUAAAAUCAAAGUUCAUUUUCCAGACACAGAUUAAACCUGUAAAUGAAUAAAAUCAUUUCAUAACUGAUAACAUUUUGGUUUAUAUUAAUCUCCAGGUUUAAUCUGUGUGUGGAAAAGGUUCCUGAUGUCCUGCAGGUUUGGAUGAAUAAACUAAAAGGGACGAACAAUGUGAAUGCAGUCAGCACACAGUUGUAAACACUAUUUUUUUUUCCUCCUUGGGUGUAAGCUAAAAGCUGCUGAGUAAUUUAAAGAAUCAUAAAAAUGUUCUUGGAACGAUGAACCGAACCAUUUUUAAAUUAUUGACUGUACAGUUCUUUGUGUAUGGAAUAAAAUGACGCAUUUUUCACAAUAAAAAAAAA